GAACAGCAAAGCCAUGGGUCUAUAUUCGAAUUACUAUGCCUUUGGGCUCCCUUCAUUUCUGGUCGUAGUCAUCGCACUUUAUCUGCUUUUUACGGACUCGGGGGAGGCAUUCAAUGUCGGUCGUUUCUUGGAGGAAAGUAGUCCUUUCAUGUGGGGGUCAGUGGGUAUUGGUUUGUGCAUAGGUUUGAGUGUUCUUGGUGCUGGAUGGGGCAUUUUCUUGACGGGUGCUUCUAUACUCGGAGGUGGUGUCAGAACGCCACGAAUAAGCACGAAGAACCUAAUCAGUAUCAUCUUCUGCGAAGUUGUUGCGAUCUACGGAGUAAUCAUGGGUAUCGUAUAUGCGGCCAAGUUACAGGCUGUACCAGACAGUCAGCUAUAUACCAGGGAGAACUACUUCACCGGCUUCGCGCUCUUCUGGGGUGGAUUAACUGUUGGCAUAUGCAACCUUCUGUGCGGUGUAUCAGUGGGUAUCACCGGCUCUACCGCUGCCCUUGCAGACGCUGCGGAUCCGAAUUUGUUUGUCAAAAUCCUCGUGGUCGAGGUUUUUGGCAGUAUUAUGGGCCUCUUCGGACUGAUCGUGGGACUGCUCAUGAUCGGCAAUGCGACGGAAUUUACUGCCCAGACUCCUGCUGCGGUCGCUUCGCCCUACGUAUACUGAGCAACCUUGUAGAUACCCCUGCAACUGUCAUCAAUUUGACAAAAUUCACCUCGCCCUGGCUUAAAUCGAGAUACAAUAACAUGUGUGUCCACUAUAUAAUAUACUAGUUCCCAGGUCUCCCAUGUACAUGACAUGCUGGUCAAGUAACGCAACACAAUUAAGUCCGUGUUUCUAAGCGACUCGUAUAAUUACAUCGUUCCUCCUAGGAACUCUGGGUCAAGAUUGCUACUUAUGUUCAUCAUCAAAUGGAUUUUCUGCAUAAUCUAGCUCGUCGUCAUCGUCGUGCCUGGGUUGGGGGUGUACCUGAGCUUGGGGGUCAGGACGGAGGAGAGAAACUGGUCGUUUAGGUAGUAAACCUAAUUUUCCUCGGUCGAUUAAGUUCGGGGGUGCACCUGAACUUGUUGACGGCGGCCUUGCGACAUCUCUUGGUGGAGAGGAGGCUAAUAAGGAUGAAGGGUUGCCACCACCGUCAUUUGAUGGUGGUGUAUAAGGCGACGUAAAGUACGUGUCCGAGCCCCCUGUGCUGUGUGCAUUGAUCGCCGUUUUUCCUGAGCUGUACAUAUCAUCUGUAUGAAUUGGAUCCUCAGGACCUAAAAUUCAUGGUAAUGCCAAGUUGCGGGAAAACAAUAUUAAUGAUUGACAUACUGGUGCUAGUACGAUAAGUAUCCUUGGGUGUGGUAUCAUACCCUUGCACAGGUCGUGUUGAUGCACUAAUUGCUGGAGGACUUCUGUUUGGCGGGGCAUUGGGGUCGUAAUACGACUGUGCUUGUUGUUGCUGUCCAUACGUGUUUGCCUGUUGUCCUCCGCCCGUCCAAGUAGGCUGAGUUCCUCCGUAAUUGGAACUUUGCCCUUGCCCUUGGAUUGGUCAUACUCUUGCAUCUUCGCCUUGACCUUGGUUACGAUUGAACUGAAUGUCUUUUUGCCAGCUUUUCAGCGCAGAUCAGUAAUAUGCAUGCAGAGGGCUCCAUAACUAAGCACCAUGCUUACUUUCAGCGAUCUUAUUAAAAGAUUCUUGGAAAUCUGCAACAGUGUCUCGCUGACCAUUAGGGUAUGCAUUGGCACCUGCACCAGGUUGUUGCUGUUGCUGCGCACCGCGACCUCG